GCGGCACUGCCAGGCCCGGCAGCUCGGAGCACACGGAGAGCGCGAGGUCCGCGAAGUCCAGCGAAGCCAUGGAGCCCCGCGCGGACUCAUUCCAUGAUGUCCCUGUCGGUGCGGCCGCAGCGUCGCCUGCUCAGCGCCCGGGUCAAUAGGAGCCAGUCCUUCGCAGGCGUCCUCAGCAGCCACGAGCAGCGGGGGCCCAGGAGCUUCCCGGUCUUCAGCCCGCCCGGGCCUCCGCGAAAGCUCCCAGCACUCUCCCGAGUGUCCAGGAUGUUUUCUGUGGCCCACCCGGCCCCCAAGGUGCCACAACCUGAGCGGUUGGACCUAGUGUACGCUGCGCUUAAGCGAGGCCUGACGGCCUACUUGGAAGCACACCAGCAGGAGCAGGAGAAACUCCAGGGGCAGAUAAAGGAGUCCAAGAGAAAUUCCCGCCUGGGCUUCCUGUAUGACUUGGACAAGCAAGUCAAGUCCAUCGAACGCUUCCUGCGACGACUGGAGUUCCACGCCAGCAAGAUUGACGAGCUGUAUGAGGCAUACUGUGUCCAGCGGCGUCUCCGGGAUGGUGCCUACAACAUGGUCCGUGCCUACAGCACUGGGUCCCCAGGGAGCCGAGAGGCACGGGACAGCCUGGCCGAGGCCACUAGAGGGCAUCGAGAGUACACAGAGAGCAUGUGUCUCCUGGAGAGUGAUCUGGAGGCUCAGUUGGGCGAGUUCCAUCUUAGAAUGAAAGGGCUGGCUGGCUUUGCCAGGCUGUGUGUGGGUGAUCAGUAUGAGAUUUGCAUGAAAUACGGGCGUCAGCGCUGGAAACUUCGGGGCCGCAUUGAGAGUAGUGGAAAGCAGGUGUGGGACAGUGAAGAAGCCAUCUUUCUUCCUCUGCUCACGGAAUUCCUGUCCAUCAAGGUGACAGAACUGAAGGGCCUGGCCAACCAUGUGGUUGUGGGCAGCGUCUCCUGUGAGACCAAGGACCUGUUUGCCGCCCUGCCCCAGGUUGUGGCCGUGGAUAUCAAUGACCUCGGCACCAUCAAGCUCAGCCUAGAAGUCACAUGGAGCCCCUUCGAUAAGGAUGACCAGCCCUCAGCUGCUUCUACAGUCAACAAGGCCUCCACAGUCACCAAGCGCUUCUCCACCUAUAGCCAGAGCCCACCAGAUACUCCCUCACUUCGGGAGCAGGCCUUCUAUAACAUGCUACGGCGGCAGGAGGAGCUGGAGAAUGGGACAGCAUGGUCCCUGUCAUCCGAAUCUUCAGAUGACUCAUCCAGCCCACAGCUCUCAGGCACUGCCCGCCACUCAUCAGCACCCAGGCCCCUGAUGCAGCAGCCUGAGCUUCUGCCCAUUCAAGUUGCCUUCCGUAGGCCUGAGACCCUCAGCUCUCGACCCAUGAAUGAGGAGGCGGCCAUGGCCCCAGCCCUGGCCAAUGGGCACGCCCCCUACAGCCGAACUCUGAGCCACAUCAGUGAGGCCAGUGUAGAUGCUGCCUUGGCUGAGGCUUCAGUGGAAGCUGUGGACCCAGAAAGCCUAACCCAAGGAUCUAGCCCACCUACACACACAGAUCCCACUCAUGGGGAGCACCCUGGUCCUGUUCCUCCUGCCCUAGACUCUGGCCAUUCUGUCACAAGCCCCACCCUCAGUACAACAGGCCCCCCCCCAGCAUCUGCAUACCUAGACUCAGUUUAUAAGGCUACAGACUCUGGCCCUUCUGAACUGCCAAGUUCUGCCCACACCACUGCAAGCCCCACAUACAGUGCCAUAAGCCCUACCGAUAGUGCUCCAAGCCUCACUCACACUACUAUAGCCUCCACUCACAAACCUAUGGUCUCUAUCGUCACCACUACAUGCCCUACCCCCAAUGUCACAGGCCCAGUCCAGGCCACCACAAGUCCCACCCACAAGCCAGUGCCCUCUAUCCUCACCACUAUAGGCCCUACCCCCACCCAGACCACCACAAGCCCCACCCACACCACCCUAAGCCCUGCCCAGACCACAAGCCCCAUCCACACCACCGUAAGCCCCACCCACACCACUACAAGCCCCACCCACAUCACUCCAAGCUCCGCUCACAAAGCCAAGAUGUUGACUAACACCUCUACAGGUCCUAUCCCCAAUGCUAUGGGCUCAGUCCAUACCACCAAAAGCCCCACCCACCCUGUCACAAGCUCCACCCUUAUAACUGUAAGCCCUUGCACUUCUCUAGACUCUGCUUUGCUUCUCAGCCCUUCUGCACAUGCAGACUCCACCUUCCCAAGCACCAACCUCUUGCCCUGUAGCCACCCAGUUUCCACUCCCUGCACUCAUGCAGACCCCACAGCCCCCAGCACUCCCUGCCUGAGUCCUGCCUGUUCCAGUUGGAAACCUCUCACAAACCCUGCCCCAGAUCCCCCAGAGUCCAUCCUUCAGAGCCCUAGCUCCCCUCCCUUACCCCUAACCCCUGGGCCCCAGCAUUCAGACCUUAGCCUGGCCAUGGCUACCCAGGUCCCAGUCCCAGGGGCAGCUGGAGGGGCUGGGGACAGAAGACUGGAGGAGGCACUGGGGACCCUAAUGUCUACGUUGGAUGACUAUCGUGGCCAGUUCCCUGAGCUUCAGGGCUUGGAGCAGGAGGUGACUCGGCUGGAGAGUCUGCUCAUGCAGAGACAAGGCCAGACUCGCAGCCGGGCCUCCAGUCUUAGCAUCACUGUAGAGCAUGCCCUGGAGAGCUUCAGCUUCCUCAACGAAGAUGAAGAUGAAGACAGUGUCUGUCCUGGCAAUUGGCCCACAAGCAGCUCGGAGGCUGGAGCUGAGGACAGCCUAGACUCACCCGGUGCCUGCCCCCUCAGCACGGGUUGUCCAGCCCUGGACACUGCCUUGGUCCAGCACCUGUACCACUGCAGUCGCCUCCUGCUGAAACUGGGCACAUUCGGGCCCUUGCGCUGCCAGGAGGCAUGGGCUCUGGAGCGGCUGCUGCGGGAAGCCCGAGUGCUUGAGGCAGUAUGUGAGCUCAGCAAGCUAUGGGAGGUUCCUGCCACCUCUGCUCAUGAAGUGGUGCAGUUCUCAGCCUCACGGCCCGGCUUCCUGACCUUCUGGGACCAGUGCACAGAGGGACUCAGCCCCUUCAUCUGCCCUGUGGAGCGGGUACUCCUCACCUUUUGCAACCAGUACAGUUCCCGUCUCUCCCUUCGCCAGCCAGGCUUAGCUGAGGCUGUGUGUGUGAAGUUCCUGGAAGAUGCCCUGGGACAGAAGCUGCCCAGGAGGCCCCAGCCAGGCCCUGGAGAGCAGCUCACAGUCUUCCAGUUCUGGAGUUAUGUUGAAACCUUGGACAGCACCUCCAUGGAGGCCUAUGUGACUGAGACCGCCGAGGAGGUGUUACUGGUGCGGAAUCUAAACUCAGAUGACCAGGCUGUUGUGCUGAAGGCCCUGAGGUUGGCACCCGAGGGGCGGCUACAAAGGGACGGACUUCAGGCCCUCAGCUCCCUGCUCGUCCAUGGCAACAACAAGGUCAUGGCUGCUGUCAGCACUCAGCUCCGGAGCCUGUCACUGGGCCCUGCCUUCCGGGAGAGGGCCCUCCUGUGCUUCCUGGACCAGCUCGAGGAUGAAGAUGUGCAGACUCGAGUGGCUGGCUGCCUGGCCCUGGGCUGCAUCAAGGCUCCUGAGGGCAUUGAGCCCCUGGUGUACCUGUGCCAAACGGACACAGAAGCUGUGAGGGAAGCUGCCCGGCAGAGCCUGCAACAGUGUGGGGAAGAAGGACAGUCUGCCCAUCGACGGCUGGAAGAGUCACUGGAUGCUCUGCCCCGCAUCUUUGGGCCCGGCAGCAUGGCCAGCACAGCAUUCUAAAGUCUCCACCCACUGGCUCCCAGUGCCCCUUCCCACCACUUUCAGGAUUGAUUAGGCACUGGCAGGGAGGGUAAGGGCUGGCUCCAGACACCCCUCCCCAACAGAUUCCUAUCAAUGAAAAUCUAAUAUAUUCUUCUGUUGCCCCUGGAGUUGGUAGAGUCAGUGCCUGCAGUCAAGUGCCUCCCAGCCUCGGCUCAGCACACCCCUUGCCACAAAUCAGUGUCUGGGGCCUGGAUACCCUGCCUCUGCCCCACCACCCUUGGUUUUCUAUUUUAUUUACAGUUUUACAGAAAAUAAAAAUGCAAAAUGCCUUUCCUACA